AUGGCUUCAAAAGCAAAGACGGGCCCACUGAGGCUAUCAAUACCCAAACCAAGCUCUAAAUCAACGAAGUCCCAACUACCCCCCACUCAAAAUUCCACAAGCCAUGAUUUCUUGGAUAUCUCCAGGACAAUCCCGGAUGAUGACUACUCUCAAGAUGCCUUUUCAUUGUCCCCAACGUUUAAUGGCCAAAGCGGCUUUAAUGACUUGAGCCAAUGGGCCUUUAAUGAUGCUGUCUUGUUGAGCUCCGAUAUAAGCUCCACCAGCGAGGCUACUGAGGAAUCGUUUGACACCAGAUCAAUCCAAGCGGGCGAUUAUGAUAUGUCAGAUGCCCAGAUGCUUCCAUUUUCUUCGUGUUCUCCUACAUUGUUCCCCAAGGCCGAUGGAUCCAUGGACCAGUCUCUUUCUGAAUUCGGACAGCUUUCUGGCAUCUCAAGCUCUCAGGACAGCAGCCCACAGUUAUGUUUUCGCAAUCCACAGGGAUAUCAGGAUUUUAAUGCUCUAGGCUUCUCUUUUGAUAAUGACGCAAUGCACCAUGCUACCGGGAUGAAUGAUGUAAAACCCAUGGGAUUAAGUGUGGCCCCUCAGAGGAUGGUCAAAUCCGAAACAUUUGGACAGGUUCCGUGGGAUUCUAUCUCUGGCGAUAUCAACGCCGCGUCCAAUGUGACUCUCAGUGGCAGUCGUAUCAACAGGCUUCCGGCCACGCCUCCACUCACUGAGGCCAGUCAGGAUAUGUCUGUCACUUCCGCUUGCACUCAAACGUACACCUUCCCUAACCAAGACGGCUCUCAAUUUGUCGAUCUCUCUGAUACAUCCUCUCUUUCCAACCAAAAUUUCAGCAUUGGGGCCCCCUUUCACCCUCUCACACCACCUCUCACUGAGCUGGACCCAAAUAGGACAAUCCGCCCACAAAAGCAAUCCCAUAGGCCAAUUCUUUCUGCUGCAAUCACUUGCGCCUCGGACAAGGAGUCAGAGUUCUUUUCCUUGCAACAAACUAUGGGCCAAAAGUCAAAGGAUCCCUCUGACGGGAAAAAUCCUCGUGACCAUGCUUUUUACUCUCUUCCAACCCGGAGCGAUGGAAAAUACCACUGCCCGUACGCCACUGGAGAUAACCCUUGCAAGCAUACUCCUACAACUCAGAAGUGCACUUACCACAAAUAUCUGGAUUCCCACUUGAAGCCCUAUCGAUGCAAGGUCCCACAAUGUGUUGAUGCCCACUUCUCCUCCAAUGCAUGCCUAUUCCGCCAUGAGCGUGAAGCCCACGGGAUGCAUGGUCACGGCGAGAACCCCCACUUGUGCCGCUUCCCUUCCUGUGACAGAUCUAUUCCUGGAAACGGAUUCCCUCGUCGCUGGAACCUCCAUGACCACAUGAGGCGUGUGCAUGAUUAUACUUGCUCCGAGAAGGCCAGCUCACCUGAAGGAUCGCCAAUCGCAUCAGGAAAAUCUCCAGCAGGCAAGAAGAAGGAGACAGCCAUCCGCAAGCGCAAGGGUGUCGUCUCUGGUACCCAGACAAUCAAGCGGGUCAGACCCACACAGGCUCAGUCCCAAUCGCAAGCUGCCAUGAAAGCCUCCCAAGCACAUACCGACCAGCAGCUUCAGAAUGCGGAGAAGAACUAUAAUGCCUGCUUGUCAGAGAUCAAGAAAGAUCUCGAUAACAUCAAUCCUCAGGACCCAGCAAUGCAUGAGCGUAUUAAUGCAAGGCUUCAGGAACUGCACACCCAUGCAUUGAAUUAUCGAUAUAUCAAGGCUAGCCAAUUGGCGACGAAGAGAGGAUCCGGGAGCUCCUCAUAAGUCCCACCUAAAAACAUCUUUCGGAAUUACUUUUCUCUGGUGAUUAUUACACAUGUGUUUUUUGUAUGAUCAGUAUCGGCGUUUUCUAUUUUGUUUUUCUUUCGGUUUCGACCCAGUUUUGGACUCUCCCACGGCCCGAUUUAUGGAUUGCAUCCGGGACCUCUAGGAAAAAAAAAAUGUUUCUUUCUCGACGAAUGCGGAUAACAGGCCCAAUUUUCUCCUGCCUAGGGAUAUGGCAAAAACGUUUUAAAGGAUAUUUGACCGGAUUACGAUGAUACGAAUCCCUUUUGUUUGUCUUGCCUUUUUCAAGAAGUGUUUUACUUUAUCAGUGUUUUCAUGUAUUGCGAUUGACGGUGAAAAGAAAUCAUGACUAUCAAGUGGAUGGCUGUGUAUGGCAAAGGGGAUUCUAUUUAUAUUCUUUUUUCAUAUUUGGUGCGUGUCCUCGGGGCGGAUGUAACUAUCGACUUUCUGUGUAUGUAUGUGGCAUUGUGAUUACUGGGUGACUUUGCGGGAAAUGGCUUGGAUUGGGAUAUCUUAUCUGGAUGGACUGGCCAUAUCAGAGCUACAUAGGAUUCUCUAGCUCUUAGAUUUAUUUGCAUAUGGACUUGCAAAUGAAGAAAUAUGAUUUAUGUUGUUUUCAACGGG